AAAAUGACAACAUCCACCAACCGAACCGAGACAUUCCAAAGUUGUCUAUCUUGACACAUGGAGCCAGUACUAUCAGAUCAUGUUUUUCGACUCAUAGUGAUGUGUAUUGUGCUUGCUCAGUUGAUGAUGAGCUGGGACACAUACCAGGAAAGGACCCUACAGUCGAAUAUAAAUAUGCCUGUCUUCCUCUUAGGACCAUCUGUCUUUUCCAACCAGCCUGCAUCCGCAUCUUCACCAUCUCAUUCAACAAACAGCCCCCUAAAGACACCAAUAACUCCCCUCUUCAAAAUGCUCAUCUUUAACAUCUUCACCACCGUCAUCACGGGCUGCGCUAUCAUGGGCUCUACCGCCUCUGCCGCCGACUUCAAGAUCAAGAAGAGCGGCAAAUCCGACUGCUCCAGCCAAGAAGGCCCGGCGCGCGAGGUAAACAGGGGCACCUGCAACCCGCUGUACAGUACCGACCACGGCAUGAGGGUUCUCGAGCACAACACCGCUUGCAAGAUUCGAUGCUACCCGGGCGGAAACUGCGACGGCAACGUGGUUAGCGCCUUCAGCUCCCACCAGUGCCACUCGCUGAAGGGAUGCUGGUCCUUCAGAGUUGAGUGCUAGAGCACACACUCACAAACAAGGCAAGCUGGUCGAUUGUGUGACGGCCGGCAUCGACGAUCAGGGGUGAAAGCUUCAGGACGGGGGUGCGGUUUUUGAUUCAUCUGUCACUCUUUUAAGAUUUAUAAGCAUUUGGAUAGCCGACCAGAUACAUUCAUUUAAUAUAUGGUAUCAAUACAUGAACAUAA